AAGACGCCAGGUCCCCGCAGUGGCUCGUUCUGUCAAAGGGGAUGCAGCAUCCUCCUUGAAGCAUGGAUUUUUGGUCUCGACUUGUUGGCGGUUCCCGCAACAUCUCCAAAAUCCCUCGAACCACGACUCCUGUGGAGCGGUUGACGGCGUUCAAGAGGUCUUGCAAUGCUCUCCAACAAAUCUGGCGCACGAGCAAUUCCCAAUCCAGCGAGCUGGCUGCUACAGUCCAUGCGCGGAGCUGUAUCGAUCGUCUCAACCAUGUCCUAAGUGAUGAAUCGCGUGGUCCAGCACCACAUCCGUGUUUAUCAUACGCAUCCACAUCCCAGAUAUUCGUGACAGUGACGAAGCUGUCCAUCACAUACCGAGACGAAGGAUUGGUGCGAUCGGCAACAAUAUUCUUCAAUACUUUAAUUGAUGCCGAGGUGGACGGUGUGGUGGAUAACCGUGUUUUUUCGCGUGCGCUGGUUGAUCUUGUUCGGAGGAAUGCUGUUCACACGGAAGAUGUGGAGUCGAGACUGGUUGAGCUGCUUUUUGGGGUGGCUAACAACAUCCGUUUGAGACCGAACAUUUUGACGGCCUGGUUUAUACCGAAGCAACCCGAGCUUCCCGAACGAGAGCUCGAAGAGGAUGAACAAUUUGCGGGCGUGACGCGGAGAGAUGAUUUUCCGCUCUUUUACCUCCUAGUUGAUUAUGUUCACCGUGAGGGCCGAACAGGCGACUUUGCUCGGACGGGUUUGCUGUACUUGAUUGAUUCUGCCACUAGAUCUCGGAUACUGGAGAAGUGGAUGAUGGAGAGUGACUUGGCAACGCUCAUGGCAACAGGUCUUGGCGCAUUAUACAGCCAGCUGAGCAGAAAUGUUCGGCCCACCUUUGCUGAGGGUAACGUACCCACGAUCAUCGCUCUUUCAGACGAGAAUGAUAUCCGAAGAAAUGUGCCGACACCGACAGGUGCCGAUUUUGAGUCUUUUAUGUCCUAUCUCCUCUUCUGGCAGGAUACGAUAGACCAUUGUCGCUCGAAAGAAGUCAAUGAUACCUUGUUGGACCAUUUUCAGGUUUUGUUCCUGCAACAGCUUCUAUAUCCAUCUCUUCUGGAGUCUUCAGACGUAAAGGGGGGCUCGACAUCAGCGGUCUUAACAUACCUUUGCCGAAUAUUAGAAUCUAUCGACCAACCGGAACUUAUCCAUCGCACUCUUAACUUUUUGUUGGCAUCUCCAACCGAAACCGAGCCGGCCAUGGAGGUUUCACAGCAAGCACAUAACAAACAUAUGUCGGUCAGCAGACGGAAAUCAAUAGAUCUGCUGGCUGCUUUCACGGAGGAACACUCCGGCCCAUCACCGUCGCUCUUCAACUUAGCAGAUUUAAUUCUGAUGAGUCUCAAGUCCCAAAAUAAAGAGACUAUAGUAGCGACACUACGUCUGGUCACCGUCAUACUACGCAGGCAUCAUUCCUUUGCUGGGUCAUUGAUCAAAACAGCGCAGCCGACAUCGGGACCACAACGCAGUGUUGGUGCUCUCAAUGCAGAGAUUAAGAACUACAUCUCACUUGCAACCACCAUUUUUGACGACCCAUCAAUUAACGAUUCAUACCAAAACUACUCCAAGGAUGCAACUCUUAUUCUUGAAUCCCGAUUAUUCAUACCAUCACCCCGGAGUAGUAUUCUGGAUGGACCCACUGAUCAGCCACUUGACGUGCGCGUAGAUGAUCCAAUAUUCAAGGAGAUUUUAAACCUGGCAGGAAAUUUCUUUGCAAACAGCGUUACUGUUAACCUAGCUUUGACCGAGGUUAUCGCGAGCCUUGCCUCUUCUAAUCUGGUUUCUCUGAACAAAUGGCUUUUGGUCGAUCCAUCCGAUUACGACUACGAAGCAGAAAAGUCGAUACCGCUCUCAAAUUCUCGUACGGCAGAAAAUGAAGAAGAUGGAAAUACCGCGGAGACUGACCGCCGUAAUCCUCACCCUGAUCCUCUGGAGAUCAUAAGAAGAGGUCUUUCUGAGCCGUCCUGGUCGGAGGAGAAAAGUACACCUAUCACAAAACUUCUGCGGAAACUGGUUAGUCAAGUUGAACAAUGGCAAAGCGAAAUUCCCGACUUUGAUAUACUCGUUGCCGCUCGCCGGGAUUUGUUACAUUUAGAUGACGCUCCUACGGAACCAUCAACAGCUGCCUCCCGGCAGACCUCCCAGCCUCCUGUGUCUCGUUCUGUCCAGCCGGAUCAGGCCCCCUUGUCUCCAAGAGGACGUCCAGUCAACAUCGCACCAGAGGCUGCUUCUAUUAUGACACCAGGGUCUUUACCCCGCAGUACAGUUGGCUCACCAUUUCGAGAGCCUGCAUUGCGGACGCCCGAUUCUCGGGAUCCUUCACGCCGUCCAUUAUUAACCAGUGACUUUCGACGCCGACUUGCUAGCCCUUACCGUCUUGAUAGUUUAACUGGGAGCCUUAUUCCUAGUGACUCAGAGAGAAAUUCUACAGUCGGAAAUACGACAGAAACAGCCACCACCGAGGAUGAAGAAGAUCGGCCAUCGCUUUCGAGCGAAGGAGAAACGGUGACGCUGGGACAUAUUCUGACAAACGCUGUCGUACUAUACGAGUUCAUUCUAGAAUUGACCGCCGUCAUUCAGGCUAGAGCCACUGUGUUUGAGGAAGCCGGAUUUUCUAGUUAAGCUAUGGACAUACACAUGGAGCGGAUAUGUAGAUAGAGCAUGGUUUGCCCGUUUAUUUCGAUUCAAUAAUAUACCCAUGUACGUACGU